CUGCUAAAUUGCCAGUCCCCGCAUUUUCACUAGCCACAAUAGCUUGCAUAUCGAACGUCAAGCCAGUCGAUAAGAGUCCAUAGCUUCGAUAACAACUCCAGUGCCAUUGCGACAUCCCUCACAGUAUUGUCGCGACGAUCUGCCAACCUUCUCACGCGCCUCCAUCACAAUGAAUCGAAUAGCAAACGCUCGUUUAGCGUCCUUCCGCGCUCCGAUCCGAGCCCAACCUUCCUCCCCGACCACUCGAUUCUACUCGAAUUCCCCUAGCACUCCCCCCAAACCAUCCAACUACACAGCCUUCUACAAGACCUUCGGCCGCCCCAUCGCCAAGGUAGUCCUCACGGCUAUCUUCACCUACCAACUAGCAUACUACGCCUGGACGCGGCUGGAGCACAAAGAGAUCAAGGAGGAGAUGUUAGGACUCACAGCUACCAUUGCCGAGCUCGAAGCGCGGGUCGAGCUGUUAGAGAAGGCCAAGGCCAACAAAACGAAGACUUGAGGCAGAGGCAUGGCAGGAUUCUCGAGUUACGAGCGCAAGUUGGACGGUAGCGGCCUUCAAGAACCGGUCCCGAGGCCCCGACGAGUCGGAGAAGUCAGGGGUGGGUUCGUUAAGCCAUUAAAUAUGGUCGGCGAAUCCACGUUUGUGCAGCGAGGCAUUGUUCCAGGGCAUGGAAUCUUGCUCCAACAGUGCUAGAACGACACAUUAGAAUUGGAGGGAGCACCGCGUUGAUGAGAUACCCUUAGUCACGACCUCGGAAGGCCAGAUAAGACUCCAGUAGAGAAACAACGCUGUACGAUG